AUGACACGUAGUCGAGCUUGUGAUCCAUGUGCAACACGAAAGAUAAAAUGUGAUCGAGGACAACCUUGCAAGCGGUGCCAUGCUUUGGACAUUCCGUGCACGACGUCCAGAGCCCAGUCAAAACCCGGCCCGAAGGGGCCAUGGGCGGAAAAAAGGCGUCUAGCCCGGCUACAGAGCGCUUUGCAGCACGGGAAAUACGUUCUUGGCGAGAAUGCUAUUCCAGUCAGAACAAAGGAGGAGGCAGAGGACGAACAGGAAAGCGAUGAGUCAAUUCCGGCUCCUGACUUUACGCCAAGUGCGCCAGUAUCGGUGAUACGCCACUAUCUUGAGAUCUACAGUGAGCGACUAUUUCCAGUAUGGCCGGUGGUUGACCGAGAUGAAAUGAUUUCGCGCAUCCAGAACCAGGAUGACGUAGAAGCAUAUGCAUUGUGUACUGCCCUUGCGGCGGUCGUCAUGGCACACCUGCGACUCAACCCAACAGAUAUCACCCAGGCCCCUGACCCAGUCAGUGAUUCCGACAUGGCAUAUGAAUCAGAGCGAGCACGGGCUUAUCUUCGAUAUCAAGAAGAUCCAACCGUUGGCCUUUUAAUUUCAUCAUUCUUUUUGCAUAUUUUCUGUUCAAACCGUGGCCAAGUGUGCAAAGCCACCGUUCUCAUCCGUGAGGCUAUCACAUUUGCUCAAUUCCUUGAGCUUGAUCAGCCGAAACACUAUGAUACGCUACCUAAGAAGGAGCGGCAAUCGCAUCUUCGCAUAAUCUGGAUCCUUUGCAUUACGGAGCGGGGCCACACAACUCGAUUUGAUCUCCCUAGAAUCUUGCAUCUUGAUCCAAGCCUUCCACCACUAGAAACUAAGGAGGUACCUCCUGGGCUAGUGGCAUUCACAGAUCUAUGUCAGCUUUUUAGAGCUUUUGGCAUUGCCAUGGACAGCGACUUGUCGAAUCGUACUACCGACUUCUUCAGUAAUGUGGACUCUCAACUGCGUGAGAUGCGUCAAAUGCAGUCGAAGAGAGAAUUUCAACAAGCAGACUUUCUCAUUACGCAGCAGUGGAUGCGGAUGGUGCUUUGGAAGAUGUCUAUGUUCCACAUCAAACUUUCUGCGAAUUCCAAUGACGACAAUCUCAGCAUUCUAUUUCCAGAACGAGUUGCGCAAAGCAUGCUCACCUUUCUGAAUAGAUUUUCUCGGAACAUUGUGGAGGCACAUGGCCUUGGAAUGCAAAUGAAACUAGCAGAUGUAGCGAUAUCUCUAGCGGAUGUCUUGUCAUGCGUCCCCUGGAUCACAGAACGACGACAAGUCAUGAGAAUUGGUCCAGGCGACAUGCUCGAUAAUUUGGCCAAUUUUCUCGCAUCCCUUCGCGGUAAUAUCAACCCUAGAAUGGAAAUCCUAGUGGAAAAAUUAUCUAACCGUGGAUGGGGGUGUAAUCUGGAAAUGCCAAUUCGUGACAACAAGGGCCACGAAACGCUCCGAAUUCUGUCUACCGAAGAGACGUAUGAUGACGAAGAAGAUGUCGAUGUGAGACUGAAAGUUGGAUCAUAA